GUUGAUGAACAAUUAUUAGCGUUUCGAGGUCGUUGUUCAUUCAAACAAUACAUUCCUAGCAAACCGGCCAAGUAUAGAUUAAAAAUGUUUGCGUUAGUUGAUGCCAAAACAGCUUAUACAUUUAAUCUUGAAGCUUAUGUAGGUACUCAACCUGAAGGGCCAUAUAAAUGUAAAAAUUCUGGUGAAGAUAUUGUUCUUAGACUUGUACAACCAGUAGAAGGAAGUAACAGAAAUAUUACAGCUGACAACUGGUUCACAAGUUUUCCACUAAUAAAAAAAUUAAAACACAAUAAAAAAUUAACAUAUACAGGCACUAUAAGAAAAAAUAAAAAAGAGCUACCAUCAGAGUUUUUACCAAAUAAAAAUAGAGAACUGCAUAGCUCGAUUUUUGGAUUUCAAGAAGAUUAUACAAGUCACUAAUGAUUAGUGUCAUAUUGUCCCAAAAAAAAUAAAGCUGUAUUAGUUGUGUCAAGUAUGCACAAUGACGACACAAUUGACGAAGAAAAUCAUGCAAAAAAACCUGAAAUGAUUACUUUUUAUAAUAAAACUAAGAUCGGUGUUGACUUAGUAGACCAACUAUGUGAAAAAUACAAUGUGGCUAGGAAUACUCGUAGAUGGCCAAUGGUUAUUUUUUAUGAUCUACUGAACAUAUCUGCUAUAAAUGCUAUUUGUAUAUACAAAGCAAACAAUUUAAAUUCAAAAAUUUCAAGAAGGCAAUUUAUUGAAAAUAUUGCAUGGGAACUACUGAAACCUCAAAUUGAGUACAGAUCAACGAUUACUAAACUACCAGUAGAAUUAAGACGACGUGCACGUGUACUUCUAGGUAUCGAAGAGCCUUCAAUUUCAGAAAUACCAGAAAAUCUUCCAAAUUAUGUGGGUCGAUGUUAU